AUGUCGCAAGCGGUACCGGCGGCCAUGGACGUCGUGCAAGACCUCAUCCGGGCGACGGAAGAGGCCAAGGUCGCGAUCGAGGCGCGGUCUUCGCCCAGGAACGACACGGACUCCGAGACAUGGUCUAGUGCUAGUGACACACCCGUAGUGCAGAGGAGGAAGAUCCUCGCCGUGGUGUCGCACCUGAGCCCGAACGGCAAAUUCGAGCAGGGAUGUGUCUUUGUACUCAGCGAGAAGCCGCCGCAAAUACACGCUAUCUCAGGGCAGUUCUUGGUAGAACAUGCGUUCCCGGUAGUGGACGAUUUUUCCAUUUCCAUGUCGCAGCCGCGUAGGGCGACCAUGGACUUGUCUUCGCCGCCGCCUGGCGGGACGCUCACCCCCAGUCAGGCGAGAACGGAGCUCACGGUGACUAUCAAUCCCGGACAAGGCAGCCCGUUUCACUCUAUCGCCCUCCAGACGAACGACAUCCCCGGUCUGCGCCAAGUGUUGGUGGAAUGCCGGCGCCUCAAAGAAGCCUUGGCGACGGAGACGGACGAUGACUACGACUUCGAGCCGUUCGCGUGGCUGGGGCCCUACCUCGCGGACAACGCGUUGCCGCCGCUCCUGUCGCCCAUCCCCCCUGAUCUGCGGAAGAUCAGGAAGCCGACGCACGUCCGCCUGUCGGCGGCGAGCGCCGGCCUGCCCGGGAACGAUAUCGCAGAUAUAGAGAUGGUUCGCGAAGAUUGGAUGCGCACGAAGGUCGAGGAAGAUGUGUUCGCGCGAUGCGAGAAGGCGGAGCUCAGGAUCCGCGUCGGAACGUUCAAUGUGAACGGAAAACUUCCUUCACAGGACCUUUCGGCAUGGGUGCGGGGGCAGUUCGAGCGUCCGGCGUCGACAUUCAUUCCGCCGAUCCAAGACUUCUCGCCUCUCUCCCUUGGCGAUGGAAAGAAGGACCCUAUCGAGGAGCGGAUGGAGGCCAUCGACAUCAGCGAAGCCUCUCAGGGACACGAUGCGUCGCACUCUAAAUCAUUGUCAUUGGCCUCGGAGGGUGGAACAUUUGUCGAAGUACCGGUGGAUGCAACAUCUGAGGAAACCGCCGCCCCUUCGAACGUCUUGGAGGAUCACAACGAUCCCGACAUGCUUGUGCUCGGCUUCCAGGAACUUGAUCUGUCCACAGAGGCAUUGCUUUAUUCCACGAAAACUGUCCGCGAGGAUGCAUGGUGUAUGGCCGUGUUCGCAGGGCUAGGAGAGAAGGCCGUCCUGUACGAAAAGCUUGUGUCUAAACAGUUGGUCGGCAUGUUGCUCGUAAUCGUCAUCAAGAAGCGUCUACACGCCUGCUUUAGCGAGAUUAUGACAUCCUCCGUGGGUGCGGGUAUUAUGGGCAUCAUGGGCAACAAGGGCGCCACUGCGGUCCGGCUUCUGUUCACACCGACGCCGUUCCCGGCCAGCGCCGGGGAGUACGAGGGAAAACCUGCCACAUUGACCUUUGUCAACACGCAUCUCGCGGCGUUUGACGAGAUGUUCGAGAAGCGUAAUGCGGAUUUCCACGACCUAUCAAAGAGGCUUCAGUUUGACUCCGGGAUCCCGGCGGACGACUCGACAGCGCCGAACGGCGGCUAUGGGCCAUCGACUGUGCAGUUGAAUAUAUUUGAGACGGACGUGCUUUUUUGGCUAGUAGACCUGAACUACCGAAUCAAUUGCUCGGAUGCCGACGUGCGGAACUUGCUAGCAUCCGAGACCUUGAGGGAUGAGAAUCUAGCGAUUCUACGAAGGUACGAUCAGCUCUCCCUUUCGAGGCGCAGCCGAAAGGCGUUUGAAGACUUUGUGGAGUAUCCCAUAUCGCAUCCACCCUCGUAUCGCUUUGGCGCUGGGUUGUUGGCGGACCGCUUGGGGUACGAUGUCAAGCGGAAGCCAGCCUGGACAGACCGCAUAUUGCACAUGGCAUCAUCGGCGGUGACGGUGAAACAGGCGUCCUACAGCAGCCACUCGACCAUCACUAUGAGCGACCACCGACCCGUGAGUGCCGGAUUCGAAGUCCAGGUCCCCGUGGUCUCCCUCCCAGAAUAUGAAACCUUCGUAGAGCGCAUCUGGCGCGAUGUUUCAAGCGCGGAAUACGUGGAGGAGCGGCCGCGCGUGCGGGUUGGGCCGACGAACAUCGAUUUCUCCCUAGUCUCAUACAAGCGCCCUGUAGUAAGAACGCUGGAAAUCGAAAAUACCGGAAAGGUCCCGUGCGUGUACCGCUUCGUCCCUCAGGCUCCUGGUUCAACAUCAUGCCCCGGAUGGCUGCGCAUCGAUGCUAUGGCGGGCCUAGUGCUCCCUGGGGAAAAGGCCCAGGUGUCUUUGACGGUGUUCAUAGAUGACGACGUCGCGGCCCAGAUGAACAUGGGCUCGACCCGGCUAGAGGAGACGCUGGUCAUCCACACGGCUCUCGGAAGAGACCAUUUUGUGGCGAUAGGCGGAGAAUAUGAGCGCACAUGUUUCGCGACAAGCCUCGCUUGGCUUGUCCGAUUACCCGGACCUGUCAGGCAGCUGAAGUCGCCGAGCGACCUGCUCUCCGAAGACAGAGGUGUCAACGCUCCCCGCGAAAUUAUGCGCCUCGUGAACUGGCUCAUGAGCAAUGCCACUGAAGCUGAUGAGAUAUUCUUAGCGCGGGGAGACGAGCACGUCGUGCAACAGAUUCGUGAGAGCCUUGAUACAGGCGCGGAGUUCACAGUCGACGGACCUGAGAGCGGACCCAAGACGGCGCUGGCGUUCGCCGAUGCGCUCCUCCAGCUCUUGGCGUCUUUCGUCGAGCCGGUGAUCCCCGCCGUACUGCACGCAAAGUGCGCCGAGAUGACAAGCAGAGACGAGGCGUUCGAGCUCCUCGAUGCACUCCCCGUGGUCAACGUAAACGUCUGGAUUUCGCUGACGGCGUUUCUGCACUUUGUCGGGCAGCAAGAGUCGUUUACGGGCAAGGUCGAGCGCCUCGUGGCCAUCUUCACGCCCGUGCUAUUCCGCGAUGAUUUAGACUCCCCGAUGCCUGUCUCCGCCGUCGGUAAACGGCGGUUCUUGAGAUACUUCAUCGGGUGAAGGUUGUCCCGUCCGCGCUCUUCGUUCUCUUGGACUCGGGCUUAUGGACAAGUUGGAGCUUCACGGCAUAUGAGCGGGUCUGGGUAGCACAGUUGAUUAUAAUGUCUCGAACUAUCUAUGGUAUUAAGUUAUAGGACAAUGUAGC